UAUUAUGUCUACUAAAACGUUAAUGUUUCUUAAUAAAGUAAUUACAGCAACUCAUAACGAGAUCAGAAUGCUUGAGCACGUGUAAUUGAAUAGGUGCAAAAUACAAACUUCUCUGAAGUAAUUUUACCUAGGAGGCAGUUAUCUUGAUGACAUCCUCUCUUCAUAGAAAGCAAGAGGUCAAAGGUUCAAAUCCUCAAACUCUCGGAGUAUGACACUGAGGAAGUGAUUAUUAUGAAAAUCACCGACCCUUGUCUUACUUACAGAAGACAAAAGAGUUUACUUGAGGUCAUUACAUGAUCGAUGACAUUUGAUUGCAACUGUGAACGCGUUUAUGUUCCUUGCUCGAAAUCUGCAUUCAAAUCGCUCUACUUGGUUAUUUUCUUCGAAUCACCUCGACAACUAAGAGCGCACACUUGCAUCAAUUACAUGGUGUGCACAGGACGGAAGGACUACAGAUCUAACUGAGAUUAACGACGGGGUUCGAAGAGUCUCAAGCACUCCAUUUUGAGCCAAAGAAGAAGAGAAAAAGGCAUUUGUAGCUGUCUGGUCUUAAGUACAUAUGACUGUAGAGUGCUCUGCUAGAUUGAGUUCAAACUUAAAACCUUAUCUUUCACGGAUCGAAUCUCCAUCCUCCAAUUAAUUUACAGAAUGUCUCCGGUCCAAAUCAGGUGGUGUUGACCUGAAUUAACUUCUGUAGAUUUCAGGUCAUUAAGCAACUCUUCUUUUGCACCAAAUGUCCGUGAGUGUGUUGCUUACAAGAUUUGAAGACUCCUCUGGAGGAGAAGGUUCUAAGAGAAAAGAGAGAACGGCAACAACAAUCAGAUACAGCUUUGUCUCCGACGGCUGUCUAAGACUGAUCAAACUCACAUAAAGACAAGCUACAAAGAACAAACACCAACUCUCUUUGGUUUUCUCGCUUAUUCUUAUGAUCCCAAGAAACGAAGAAACUGAGUUAAACAAUGUGAUCACAAGCAUGGCAGACUGUGAUCCUUCGUGAGGAAAUUUAAGGUUGGACCAAACGUCUCGGAGGGCUCGUGGUUGAGGCAGUGCUGACUCCGAUUACAGCAACAAUCCUCUCUGUCGCUAGAAAGAUGGACAGGGCGAAGGAUGUCCUCAGAAAAUUGGGGCAGAAGGCGGCUGAAGCUGCCAAGAAUGCCGAGGAUCUCGCCGGAAACACGUGGCGACACUUGAAAACAGGUCCAAGUAUUGCUGAUGCCGCCGUUGGCAGAAUUGCUCAGGGAACGAAGGUCCUGGCAGAAGGAGGCAAGGAGAAGGUUUUCCGGCAUACUUUCGAGACCAUUCCCGAGGAGAAAUUGUUGAAGUCGUACCCUUGCUACUUGUCCACGUCUGCCGGCCCGGUUAUGGGAGUCAUAUACCUCUCAACGGCGAAGCUCGCGUUUUGCAGUGACGAUCCUAUUGCUUGCCAAGCCGGCGAACACACUGAAUAUAGUCACUACAAGGUGGUCAUUCAACGGCACCGGUUAAAGGGGGUCGUCCCUUCAACGAGCACAGUCAAGCCGGCUGAAAAGUACAUCCAAGUAAUUUCUGUCGACAACCAUGAAUUCUGGUUUAUGGGAUUUCUCCACUAUGAGAGCGCCGUGAAGAAUCUCCGAGGAGCAGUUCCGACACCAGUCCCGGCAACUCUAAGCUCGUAUUUGCAAUCAAACAAUAUAGAAUUCUAAUGCAAUAUAUACUGUGGGAGAGUAGAUGGCGCCGGCGGUACAUCCAAACGUUCACGGUUUCUUUUCUUCUGCUGUGUUGUCACAGAUGCAUAGUUUCGCAGUUUUGCUAAGGCACGCGAUGCGGUUCUGACUCCAUAUGUAUGUAAGCAUCCUGUUGCAAUUUGGCUACGACGCGCCUGUCAACUCAUUCAGAUAGAAGGACUCUUUGGUUCCUGAUUUACUAUCUCAUUUUCAAAUCUUCUUCCAGUGAUUGGUAAUUUGGUGUUUCUACUGCUUCCCAAAUCAAGAACUGCUGGUUCUUGAGCCUGUACUUACCCAAAAGAUAAUGUUCUGUA